CUGAAUCAAAAGCUCCUUGUUAUUAUCUCUGGAAGUACGUUCGGAUCUGGGAUGGGUUUGAUGGAUUUUAUGUGCUGAAUGAUGGUGGAAAUGAUUUUGUGUUGAAGUUCUUGAUUUUGUUCUGUCUCAUCCUUUGGUUCAAUUUAGUGCCCUAAAUCGGAUACUAUGAGGAAGAAGCUGGAUACUCGUUUUCCUGCUGCUCGGAUCAAAAAGAUAAUGCAAGCAGAUGAAGAUGUUGGGAAGAUAGCACUUGCAGUGCCUGUUUUAGUUUCUAAGGCUCUAGAGCUGUUUUUACAAGACCUCUGUGAUCGUACAUAUGAAAUAACUCUUCAGAGAGGAGCAAAGACGAUGAGUGCGUUGCAUUUAAAACAUUGUGUACAAAGCUAUAACGUCUUUGAUUUUCUGAAGGAUGUCGUCAGCAGGGUUCCUGACUAUGGCCAUGGGCAUGGGCAUGGGCAUGGACAUAACCAUUCUGAGACUGGCGCUGAUGAUCGGGUCAUUCCAAGAAGAAGGAAAGCAGCAAAUGAUGAUCACCAUGAUAGCGAUGACGACUCUAAGAGAAGCAAGAUGGUUGAGUUUAGCCAGAGUGGCGGCAGUGGUAGGGGGAGAGGCCGAGGUAGAGGGAGAGGCCGAGGUCGAGGGGCUCGAAAUGCUGAACGGGAAAGAGAGGUUCAUCAACAAGAGCUUGAAACUGAACCCUGCACUUCUGCGCUGAACAGCAGCAAACAUAACCCUGAUACAAACGUGGCAAUUGAUAAUGGUUCAGAGACAAAGGAGUUACCGAAAGAGAAUAAUGCAAUUCCUGAUGAAGGCACUCAAUCUGUCCGUAACAUUGAUCUGAAUGCCAACUUGAAUGAAAACGAAGACAAAAAUGCUAGCACGGCGGUAACUGAUGCCCCUAUGCCUGAUCCUCCAAAACCUGAGACUAAGCAUGAGGAAAUCCCUGGCUGGUCUCUUUCGGAUAUGGACAAGAUGGUCAUUGACUCUAUGCAGCUUGCCAACCUUGGUAGACAGAUAGAAGAGGAUCAGGAAGAUUAUGAUGAAGAAGGGUGAAUAUUGACCUCUUCUGGGGAACUGGAUCAAAUGGAAAAGUUUAUAAAAAUUGCAUACCAAUGCUAUUAUGACUAUCCAUUAGAUAGCUAAACAUGCUCCUAGCUGUAGGUCCCAGGAUGAUCCUAAUCCUUGUUUUUUUUUUUCUGGUUUGUUUGUUUCCUAUAAUCUCUUGUAGCAAAUAUAGCUAUAUCUAUUAACCAAAAUGUUAGCUUUGUGUAGUUACAGGUCAUGUAUGAAUGUAGUUGUGGAACAACCUUGCCUAGUGCUGAGUGAAACUCAGAGCUUAACUUUGCAAUAUUAGGAUGUUAUAUUGUUAAUGUCUUGAAGCUGUAUUAAUAACAAAUGGAUAAAAUGUUUUACUA